AUGGCCUUCACCACGCCGCAAUCCGCACCAUCCCGAUGGCCCUACUACGGCAUCUACCUCGCCCUCUCCGCUGUGGCUCUGUACCACAUGCGCCUCGGGCCUCCUAGUCAACUCACCGGCAAGGUUCUCGAGCCCCUCAUGACCUCCUCUGCGCCCUUCAACUAUCCCGGCCGGCCCACGACCAUCAUGCGCCGACACUACACCGGUAUCUCUGGCCUAGACGGUUUCCUCAGUAUCCUCGUCACUGCCUUUCUCUCCGGCUCGGCGGGCUUCCAGAAGCAUAUCCAAAUCCAGCAGGUCAACUUCCUGGUGGCUUUCGCCCCGGUCAUGCUGGUCUUCUCGAUCGAGUCUGUACGGACGAGGAAGUGGUCCUUGGUGGUCUUUACCUCCCUCUGGGCGUCACUGUAUCAGACGGUCGGCGGGGCAGUGGUCAUCCCCCUGUACUUUAUUGCCCACUCGCUCACAUUCAACAAGCCCACUGGUGCUAGACUCGUCCCUACAAACUGGGCCAAAACGCUCCUCCCCUCUAUCAUCCUCGGCUACCUCCUCCCCACGGCGCUUAUGUACUACCCUUUCGCCAAUAUCGAGCACACCAUGCUCGCUACGGCGUUCUGGCAGCCCAGUCCCGUACUGGUCAAUAUCACCUGGUUCAUCCUCAGCCGAUUCGCCUCUUCGGUCGGAUCCCCUACUCCCCAUCUAAAGGCAGCGAUCGCCAUCGUAGGUCUCAUCGCCGCCGCCGGGCACGUCGGGACCCUCUACGCUUGCAUCUCGGACAGAUACCCCUCCGUCACCCUCAGCUCGAUCUUCUUGCCAACUGUGGGCAGCUCGCCGUCGUUUGAGGCCGCUACCCACUUCAUCUUCCAGAUCGACUACGCGGUCAUCUUUGCGGCGACAUCGGUGUGGUGUGCCCAGACGUUUGCGGAGGACAGGGCUAGGGCGGGGAAGAAGCAGGGAUCUGCGCUGGUGGAUGCGGUCAACGUGCUGCUGAGUACGGCUGUCGUUGGCCCGGGCGCGACACUGGCGUGGGUAUGGUACGGAAGACAGGGCAAGGAGCUGGGAAAGCGAGAGUGA